GCUCAGCUCCUCUUUCUUUCUUGAAUAUUUUAGGGGAGUCGUUUUUUGGGCUGUAGCCCUAAAGAGCAUGGAGAGCACUUGGAGAAUUUGCGUUUGCUUCUGUUGCUGCCUUCACUGGUUUUCUGCUGGUGUCCAGUGCUCCCCCCAGCGCCGCGCAGGCUCCGAGCGGCUCUCCGGGCUCCUGGUGGCUCCCGGGGACGUCUCCAGCGAGCUGAACCCCGUGCUGCAGCUGCCGGGGGGCGCGGGACGCGGCUCUGCCCUCCUGCCGCCCCUGCUCAAGGUGCUGGCCCAGCGGGGCCCCCGGCGCUGGGACGGCGAGGCCCCCCGGCUGCGCCCGGACGCCAGGGCCCUUCGGUACAUGAAGAGGCUCUACAGGAUGUCGGCCACCAAGGAGGGAAUCCCCAAGGCCAACAAAAGCCACCUCUACAACACCGUGCGACUUUUCACUCCGUGUUCUGAGCACAAGCACCGCCACAGGGACCUGGUGAGAGGAGACGUUCACUCGGUGGAUCUGCUCUUCAACCUGGAUCGCGUUACUGCUCUGGAGCACUUACUCAAGUCUGUCUUGCUCUAUUCCUUUGACACGUCGGCUCCCGUUUCUUCUUCCAUCACAGGCACCUGCCAUUUGUCCGUGAAGGAACACGACUUUUCCAGCCAUGUCUGUCCCAGCCUUUCUCACUCUUUAGCUUUUAGCCUGCACUUCCAAGUUAGAAAACGCAAGUGGGUUGAGAUCGACGUGACUUCUUUUCUCCAGCCUCUAAUUGCUACUAAGAGGAGGAAUAUCCAUAUGGCCGUGAACUUCACUUGUCUGCUGGGUGAUCCACAACAGAACACUGAACUGGAAAAUGCCAUUAAUAUGGUGCUGGUCCCCCCUUCUCUUCUUCUGUACCUGAACGAUACCAGUGAGCAAGCUUAUCACAGGUGGAACGCGCUUAGACACAGAUGGAAAAACCCCGUGCGGCCCCGGCAAAGGAACAGUCCGCGACUUAAUCCUGCGGGUGACAAAGGGAAAGAGAAUUCACAGGGUAAAAGGGCCUCUCGGCAGCGAAGAGAUGAGAAUCUGAAAGAAGCACCGGCAACUCCACCUUAUAAUCUCAGCGAGUAUUUCAAACAAUUUCUGUUCCCUCAAAACGAGUGUGAGCUUCACAACUUCCGCCUGAGCUUCAGCCAACUCAAGUGGGACCGAUGGAUAAUCGCACCGCACAGGUACAGCCCCCAGUACUGCAAAGGCGACUGCCCCAGGGUCGUGGGGCAUCGUUACGGCUCCCCCGUGCACACCAUGGUCCAGAACCUCAUCUACGAGCGGCUGGACCCCUCUGUCCCCAAGCCCUCCUGCGUCCCCGCCGAAUACAGCCCCCUGAGCGUCCUCACCAUCGAGCCCGACGGCUCCAUCGUCUACAAAGAGUACGAGGACAUGAUAGCCACCAAGUGCACGUGUCGGUAGUGGGAGAGCCCUGGCUGGUUCUACUCCGGGCUUGGGGAUUUUUGCAUUCUCAAAGCACCCGUAGCUUCAGUCGACUGAACAGUUGGCGUCACUCUAAGAGCUCUACUAAAUCAGUUGGGAUUUGGCAUUUAGAGGGUGUUUGCAUCAUAGCACUUAUUUUUGUAGCCGCUCAGCCUUUCGAGAAUGUGAAAUUGUAAAUAAUAUAUUUUUAUUGGAAAAAUUUUGCAUUUAAAAUGUCAAAAAGGUUGCGACUUCCAGAUGUCUAUUUUAAGCUGUUUUGUUAUAGAUUAAAAAAGAAAUAAAUGCCUAUCAUGCAUAUGUA